UCACAGCUGGCUUGAUGAGCCUCCCCGCACUGGUUUAUUCAGCAAGAUCAGUUUUGGGGAGUGGAAGUUGAAGGUAGGAGACAGCAGGCGGCACAGAGGCAUCAGGUGUGCGUGAAGAGAGGGAGAAGAGAAACAGCAACUGGAUGAGUAAGAACUCUGCUGCACAGGACAGUGCUGGGUCUAUAAUAGCAUGUGUGUGCCAAGAACAGCCACUGGAGAGAAAUUAAUGUGUAUCAAUUAUCUGGAACUGGAUGGACAAGAUGAUGCCGUAGAGCAAGAGGCCUGUCAACUAUAUUAUCUGAGGACUUAUGUAUGAAGGUAACCCUUGAGUCUGCUGGACCACAAUGGGCAAACCAGGGAGGCAGUGGAGGUCCAUAUGCAAAGGCCUGGUCCUGGGAACCCUCCUCACCAGCUGCAUGAUCCUUCUUUACUGCUUCUCCACUCCACAGACCCACUUCAGUCUGCCUGAGGUCCCGGUACCUUACUCCUGUGCCCACCGUCCAUCCCAGCUCCACCCCAAACAAACCACCAACAGUUCACAAAAAGCCACAGGCCAGUCCUGCUCUCCUAAAGUUGACAUUAUGUUCAUGAAGACACAUAAAACAGCCAGUAGCACCUUCCUGAAUAUACUUUUUCGAUUUGGGGAGAAUCACUGGCUCAAAUUUGCCUUCCCAGAUAGCAGGAAUGACUUUUUCUAUCCGUCCCUGUUCGAGCGUUCCCAGGUUAAAGAUUACAGACCUGGAAUGUGCUUCAACAUCAUCUGUAAUCACAUGCGUUUCAAUGCACCUGAAGUGGCUAAGCUGUUACCUGCAGACACAUCUUACAUCACUAUUCUGCGAGACCCCGCAGAACUUUUUGAGUCAUCAUUCCAUUAUUUUGGUCGUCUUGUGCCUUUUACCUGGAAGAUACCAGGUGAUGAUAAGCUGACUGAGUUCCUCCUUGACCCCCACAGCUACUUUGAUCCAGAGGGCUUCAACUCCUUCUACCUCAAGAAUCUGUUGUUCUUUGACUUCGGACAGGACAACACUUUGGAGCUGGAAGAUCAGCAAGUAGACAAAGGAAUUCAAUUCAUCUCUACACGUUUUCAGCUGGUCAUGUUGGUGGAAUAUUUUGAAGAAUCACUGAUCCUGCUCAAGGAUGCACUCUGCUGGGAGAUGGAUGACUUGCUCUUCUUCAAGCUCAAUGCCCGCAAGGGAUCCACUGUGUCCAAACUCACCCCUGAGCUGAGGGCCAGGGCCCUUGAAUGGAAUGCGAUUGACUGGAAGCUGUACCAGCAUUUCAACAAAACAUUCUGGAAGAAAGUAGAUGCAUAUGGACAGCAGCGUAUGGCUGAGGAUGUAGCAGAGCUCAGGAAGAGAAACAAGGAGAUGGCAUCUAUCUGCAUUGAGGGGGGGCAUGCUGUGGAAGCUAGCAGCAUCCAAGAGACAGACAUGCAGCCCUGGCAGCCAAUCGGAGAGAAGUCGAUCAUGGGCUACAACUUAAAGAAAAAUGUGGAUAAAGUACAUCGGAAGUUGUGCCGUAAGAUGUUGAUGCCAGAGUUACAGUACCUAACAGAACUUGGGGUGAACCUGUGGAUCACAAAGCUGUGGGGCCACGUCCGAGACAUCAUUAACUGGUGACUUAACGUGUGAGAAAGAUGCACAAUUCAAUCUGGAAAUACAGCAUUAAAUAAUAAUAAUAAAUCUAAGGGUGCAGCAGUAAAUGUUUCAGUCACAUUUACUGUCUCACUGACUUGAAAUCCAUUCGAAUUCACUUUUUUGCAUCACAUAUAAUCACACGCUGUAAUGUACUUGAUUGAUGCUUGAAGAAGAAAAAAAAAUGUUGGCCCCACAAUCUACUGAACAAGUUUACCAGAAGUUUACUACAACUUAGUUUGUUUUUACUUUUGUGAGUCAAAUUUGAAACAUUAAAAUUUUACUCAGGUGUGAGUAUGAUGUAGUUAAGCUGUUCUUUGGAUCAUGAAUUUCCCAACCAAUUUUCCCUAAACUCAUUAAAAUAAAACACUGCUGAAGUCUUGCUUGCUAAA